AUGGCACCUGCUUCCGCGCGGCGCCGCUCUGACAGCGUCGACGAGCUGCUGCCGAAGCAAUACUUGCCGCUGCCAGAUGCGGCUGCAUAUGUAGCAGCAGGUGAGGCUCCUGCUGCUGCUGCAGCAGCAGCUGCUGCUGCUGCUGCAGAUGCAGCAGCUGCAGCAGCAGCAGCAAAGCACCUUUCGGGAGAUGAAGAAGAAGAGCUGAUGCAAAAAGCAGCAGAGGCGUAUCUGCUGUCUGUACACCUUGAAGCCAAAACUCUCCCGCAAUAUGUUGCUGCUGCUGCACCCAGCAGCAGCAGCAGCAGCAACAGCAACAGCAAAAGGCAAGACCAGCAGCUGAAGACUUCAGCUGAUGAGGCGGCACCAAAAGGCGCCUCACGUGUGUCAGCAAAGAGCAUCAGCAGCAGCAGCAGUAGCAGCAGCAGCAGUACCAGUAGCAGCGCGGGUUAUGUCCAACGGAUGCUGCGACUGCAGCAGCAGCAGCAGCAGCAGCAGCAGCAUCCGCCUCUUCCCGCGUGGGAGUCUGAGGCCCUGGACUUCUUCAAGAGAAUUCGCACCUGGCUUCAGGAGCAGCGGGAGCUGCACGAGCAGCAGCAGCAGCAGCAACAGCAGCAACAGCAGCAGCAGAAGCAGCAGCAACAGCAGCAGCAGGAGCAGCAGGAGCAGCAGGAGCAGCAGCAGCAACAGCAGCAGCUAUACGCGCGUUGCCGGGAAUGGGGGGAGACAGAGUGGCGAUUAUACUGCCGGAGAUUUGCCCCCUCGCUGCUGCUGCUGCUGCACCUCGAUGUCUGCUGCUGCUGCUUCCUGCUGCAGCUGCUGCUGCGCGACUUGGACGUGCAGCUGCAGCAGCACAGACACAAACAGCAGCAGCAACAGCAGCUGCAACAGCAACCAGCCGCAGCAGCAAACGGGGCAGCAGCAGACGCAGCAACAGCAGAUGAAGAAGCAACGCCGGGUGAAGCAGCAGCAGCAACACCAGCAGCAGAAGCAGCAGCAACAGCAGCAGCAACAGCAGCAGAUGCAAAAGACACCUGCUGCUCUUUUGCUGGAAGUGCUACUUCUUUGCCUCAGCUGUGUUGGUUGUUUUUCGUUCUGACUGCGCUAGAUGAGCUGGAGGCUAUGCGUUGCGAAGUUUCGUAUUUGCUGCAGCAGCUGCGGCGGCGCUGCCUGCGGCUGCGCAGCAUGCUGGUGGAGCUGCUAGGGUGUACAGACUCUUCAGAUCAGCAGCAGCAGCAGCAGCAGCAGCAGGUGCUGCUGCUGCUGCAUAGACCCUUGCCGUUUCAAAUGAGCUGCAGCAGCAGCAGCAGCAACACUGACAGCAGCAGUGGCAGUCGCCACAGAAGCGCCGAAGGCGACUCUUCGAGCGCUGUUUCGCAGCAGCAGCAGCAGCAGCAGCAGCAACAGCAGCAGCAGCAGCAGGCUGUGACUCCAAGGGAGACAGCCCUGCGUCACCAGCUAGCUGCUGUUGAUGCGCUGCUGGUAAUUAUUGUCAAUUUUUUUGGCCAAAAAUAA